GUGACAGGAAAGAAGGAGAAAUGGCUGCAAGGUUACUGCUCCGCUCGGCUUUUAGAGCCACUACAGCCUGCAGGAAGGCCCGGGCCCCGGCCCUCGCCCCGGCCCUGACCCGCGGCAUGGCUGCUGGAGGGAUUCCCACUGACGAGGAGCAGGCCACCGGGCUGGAGAAGGUCAUCAUGACCGCCAUGAAGGAGGGAACGGAUCCCUACAGCAUGAUGAAGCCCAAAGAGUACGCCGGCUCCAAGGCCGACCCCCACCUCGUCCCCUCCAUCACCAACAAGAGGAUUGUGGGAUGUGUCUGCGAGGAGGACAACACGGCCGUGGUGUGGUUCUGGCUCCAUGCGGGCGAGGCCCAGCGCUGCCCGUCCUGUGGGUCCCACUACAAACUGGUGGCCCACGAGCUGCCCCACUAACCUCCACCUGCUGACCUCAUCAGUCUCUGCUUUACAUGUUCCAGUUACACAGGGAUCAACUGUUUCUUCAAACAUUUCCAUUCAUGCAGUUUACAUUCUCACAUGUUACACUCUCCACCUCACUCCUUUUAUCUGACCAAUAAAGUCUCUACUGAUAUCUA